UUCCUGUGGCGCGCAAACACGCGACAUAUUCCGAUAAAUAAUGUAUCAUUUCAAUACAGCUCUUUGAUGCGGACUUCUUCGAAAUGAGUGGGGCUAAAACGGAGAUAUCCUCGUCCAAAGAAACAAAAGUUUUGUCCGGAAUAGCAAUCGUUGACGUACAAGAAAUGGAACAAGGAAUGUCUAACAAGACCAAAGUUGUGAUCUGUGGUGGAGGCAAUGGGGCACAUGCAUUAGCUGGGGUUGCAUCUGCAGAUCCUGGUAUAGAUGUAUCAGUGCUCACAUUAUAUGCUGAUGAAGCUGAUCGCUGGAACAAAGAAAUGCAGCAGCAUGGUUUCAAGGUGACAAAAAGUCGACAUGGCCAGGAUACCAUUGAGUUAACCUCAAAGCCAAACCUGGUGACUAAAGAUCCACUGCAAGCAAUUCCAGGAAGUGACAUCAUUAUCUUGAUUAUGCCAGCUUUUGCACAUGGGCAGUAUCUACAUGCGAUGAAACCAUUUAUGAAACCUGGGAUGGUAGUUGUUGCCCUCCCUAGCCAGGGGGGGUUUGUUUUUGAGGCAAUGCAUAUUCUUGGGAAAGAAAUCACUGAUACUUGCACUUUUUUGUCCUUUGAGUCACUUCCCUGGGCAUGUCGUUUGAAGGAUUUUGGUUCAUAUUGUGAGAUUCUUGGAACUAAAGCCAGUUUGGCUGGUGCUUACCAUCGCAGCAAAGAAGUGCCUGCUGUCGACCCUUUGCCAACAAUCCAGCGCAUUAUGGGAGAACAGCCAGUGCUGAAAGUGAAAGGUCAUGUCCUUGCUAUGUCCCUCAUGGCAGUCAAUGCCUACAUUCACCCCUCCAUUCUGUAUGACCGCUGGGUAAACUGGGAUGGCAAAUCCCUACAGGAGGCACCGCUGUUCUACCAGGGCGCCACCCAGUCUGCUGCUGAUCUCUUAAGCGACAUGUCAAAUGAGGCCCUUGCAAUAGCCAAGGAAAUCACAAGGCGUUUCCCUGAAGUAGAUAUGUCUCAAGCUACCCAUAUCCACGACUGGUACCUGAGAUGUUACCCGGAUGACAUAACGGAUAAGUCCACACUUAAAACCACUCUUCAAACAAAUGUUGCAUACCGCGGGCUCGUGCACCCCAUGACCAAGACCGAGGGAGGACUUGUUCCUACAUUCCAAUCCCGUUACACCCUUGAAGAUAUCCCGUAUGGCCUCGUGGUCAUCAAAGGAUUAGCGGAGCUGUUUGGGGUGCCUACUCCACAGAGCGAUAAAGUGCUUUUGUGGAUUCAGGAAAAGGCUGGAAAGGAGUAUUUGGUGGAUGGAAAGCUACAGGGGCGAGAUGUCAAGAACACUGGAGCACCGCAGCGGUUCGGAAUCACCGAUGUUCAGGAACUAAUGAAGUUAUAAGCUUAAUUACUUCUUGUUUAGGUGUUUGAUGGUCGCAUUUUCUUCUUGUACUGGUCGUAGUCUUUGUUUGAUUAUUUUAAUCGCACCAUUUCAUUUGUAAAAGAUAUAAUGUAAAAUUUAAUAGUCUAUUAAAAAUUAAUUCUUGAA